GGCGUUUGUUUGGGCUCGCCACCAGCUGACAAAAACGAAAAGACAACGCGGAAGUAAAACUUCAAGCGGGUUUGUUUUGUUCUUGCCCACCAUUCUUUCCUCGUGGACGAAGCCAUACUAGCUGAAUACUCAACUCUCCGUCGACAGAAACAUGUCUAAACUACAAUUGUUUCGUGUGUUUUUAAAUGAGCGUUUAACAGCGGCAGCUGUGGAGAUUUUCGGGGCAGUUGAAGAAACGGUAGCGGACUACCAGGAGGAGAAUGAUCGGCUACGGAGACUGCUGCGGGUCCCACCGGAGAUAAAACGAUACAGAAUAGACUCCCUGCAGCUCUCUGUCUCUGAGGAGGAGGUUAUCCCUGAUCAGCAGCACUGUGAGCAGGAGUGGAGCCCCAGUCUGGGGCAGGAGAACCCAGAGCUUCCACAGAUUAAAGAGGAACAGGAAGAAAUCAGGACCAGUCAGGAGGAAGAGCAGCUUCAAGGUCUGGAGGCUGAUAUCAUAGAGUUCAAAUUCACUCCUUCCUGUGUGAAAAAGGAAUGUGAUCAGGAGGACCCAUUUCAGUCCUUGACUCUUCCCCAAACCCAGACUGUGGAGAACAGAGAGAGUGAUCCUAAACAAGUGGAUCUCACACCUUUUGUUACUGUUACCCACCUUAAGGGCCUCAGCAUUCCCUGUGACCCUCCAGAUAAUCAAAACAAUGCCUCCAGCCACAACUCAGCCGUAAGCAGCGACCCAGUAGGACUUGACAGCAGCCCACGAAUGAAUCCCAGCCCAUCAUUGGAUCCAAACCCAUCGAUGGGGGAACACUGUUUCAAACCCAGCACGUCUAGAAAAACUCACCACUGCCGUGACUGUGGUGAAAUGUUUGCUCUGAAAGCUGACCUGAAGAGUCAUGUGACUCUCGCCAUGCAGAGACCCAGCGAAUGCCGCGUCUGCAGAAAACACUACAACUCCAGCUGUAAACUGACGGCCCAUGUCCGACUCUGUCGCGAUAGGAAAUCCUGCACCAGCCCUGUUUGUAGCAAGACCUUCAAACUCAAAGCAGACCUGUCCAAGCACAUGAGGAUUCACACAGGGGAGAAAUCAUUUAGUUGUGGAGACUGUGGGAAGCGCUUCAAUCGCAAGGGGAACCUUACAGAUCAUAUUCCUAUUCACACAGGAGAGAAAGCAUUUAGCUGUGCUGACUGCGGAAAAAGAUUCAGUCAGAAGGGGACCCUACGGAAGCAUAGACUGACUCACACAGGAGAGAAACAAUUUAUCUGUAGAGACUGUGGGAAAAGCUUCUAUCAGAGAGGGGACCUAAGUAGGCAUAUACGGACUCACACAGGAGAGAAACUUUUUAUAUGUGGUGACUGUGGGAAAAGCUUCAAUUUGAAGGGGAACCUGAAGAAGCAUGAACUGACUCACACAGAAGAUAAACCAUUUAGCUGUGGUGACUGUGGGAAAAGCUUCAAUCACAAGUCUAACUUACUGACGCAUGUUAAAAACAUCCACAAAGGAGGAAAACAGGAGGAAAUCUUAAAGAACUGUUUAGUCACAAGAUGAGAAUAAAAGGGCAGGAUGUGGACAAUACGAUGAUACCUCUCCUAGGGACCUGCUCUCCAUGCUUCAGGAUUAAAGUUCCUCUGGUCUCUGAUCUAUUCUAUUGGUAACCUGCUGUUUCUCUCCACAGUGUUCUCUGCUACUCUCUGGUCUACAUGGAGGGCCUAGCUUCUUUACAUCUGUCUGGAGGGAGAGAUAGAGGUCACAGAGUGAGGUUUCUAGUCUCAACACUCUCCAAGGCUUUUUAGAGGAAAAUGUUAACUUUUCAGGUCAUGUCACAAGUGCCUUCUCCUCUGACAUUGGCACUGCUAAUUAACUCAGUGAUGACACUUCUCCUUUCUCCCCACUAGAUGGCACUGUUUGAGAUAGGAUCCCAUCACACCAUCUCUGUUGUAUGUAAAAACGUGUUAGUCAUUUGAAAUCAUUCUUCACAGACCUAUGAGGGUAUAAUGUUAAAAGAAUCAACACUGUUACCCAUUACCAAACACAUUGAAACAGACACACACUGUAUUACAGCUAAACAGGACCAUGCUAAACUGAACCAGACAUGACUGACCAUAAGGGGAUGUCAUAGAAUAGAUGGUGUGUACUGUGGGGCCAAAGGUGACUGUAAAUCAGGAUUAGGUUAACAUCUGAGUGGUAUACUACGAAGUAAGCUACAUCAACUCAGGGUUUUCUAAAGCUAACCUGCUUCACAUUCCAGCUCAGGCUUCAUCCGUACUAUGACAGUGGAUAUUGCUUGUCCGCCUGCCGCUAACUCUAGCAGGCUUGUAGCUGCGCUUCCACGUCACACAUGGUUAGUCGAACGCCAAACUCUUCAUUGAGACAGUGCUGAAAAAUCAACCCGUGUGCGAGUCAGUGCCACAUUUUCAUUUGUGAAGAUAUGAAAAUGAAAGAAAAUUGAUCUUACAGAUUCAGCAGACUGGUGUGAAAUAGGCUUUUAGAAGUGCUGUCUUUAUUUGACUCCUUAUCAUUACUGCCGUCUUUGGUCUGCUUAUCGCUCCUUAUUCUAUGUGUGAAACAGCUUGUUGUGUUGUGGCCAUAGACAUAAUCCAUAGAAGGGUUUUGUGACCUCUGACCCUGUCAAUUUGACUGUUAAACUCAUGGGUACACUAGCAAUGGCUGGCAGUUUGACAUGAAUAAGGACUACCAUCUAUGGAUUAUAUGUCUAUGGUUGGUUGUGGCUGUCAGUUUGACUUGAAUAGGAACUACCAUCUAUGGAUUAUAUGUCUAUGGUUGGUUGUGGCUGUCAUUUUGACUUGAAUAGGAACUACCAUCUAUGGAUUUUAUGUCUAUGGUUGGUUGUGGCUGUCAGAUUGACUUGAAUAGGAACUACCAUCUAUGGAUUAUAACUCUAUGGUUGGUUGUGGCUGUCAGUUUGUCUUGCAAAUGUCUAAAUACAACAGUGUGAAAAACAUACUGUUUGGUAAGCAAAUUCUGUUGUUACUUAUUUGUUUUCAUUUAAAAUUGGCAAAAUCACAGUAAGGUACUGAAUUGUAACCCAGAAAUGAUUUGAUAUUAAGAUAAAAACGGCUGCAUUAGUCCUUUAAAUGCUCUCCGAAGGAGGACAUAUCAUUCUAUACAUACAGGCUACUAUACUAAUGAAUAAAUAAAGCUAACCCCAUGUUGGUGCAUCAGUGUCCCUCUGCCGAAAAGAUGUCUGUAUGACAUCUUACUAUAACAACAUUACAUUGGCUAAGGGUAGCUGGCCAGUCAAGUGGAUCUAACACACUAACGUGGAUCCUAUCAGUGUCCCUCUGCCGAAGAGAUGUCUGUCUGUAUGACAUCUUACUAUAACAACAUUACAUUGGCUAAGGCUAGCAGGCCAGUCAAGUGGAUCUCACACACUAACAUGGAUCCUAUCAGUGGGCUGG